AUGAAUGGCUCUAUCUGGCUGUAUCGCAUGCACCUAAGCCACUUCCCCGCGCUGCAGGAUAUCCAGACAUUCAACAUGUCACAGGGCAAGGACAUCUCCCACCAUCUUGCAAAUUCUACCUUGAAGCUCAGAGGAAACAGCUCGAGCACAUCAUGCCGGGGGCCAGAUGUAGCAGAGGCUGACGCCUCGCCGCGUAGAUGCGGCACUAUAAACGAUGACAACCGUGGCACACCUGCUUUCUUUAGUGACGACGCCGUCAAGGCAAGUAUCUCCACUGCGACCAACCAUCAAGGGCGAAAGGCUGGGCCCCUGUCCACGUUAUUUAGGGACGAGUACCAGAAGGUCUUCCUACCGGCCAAGCGGGCUUUUCCGGUCCUCAAGCAGGCCCUGGAAGCCCGCAGAGUCGCCCUGGUCUCGACUGCUGACGACGAGAUCCGUCUGAUCCCCUUGCACGGAAUCCCCGAGAGCUGGGAGGCCGUCACCGGCCAAGUCGAGGAGUACAGUGAAGAGUACCGCGGAUGCAUCUCGCCCAACAGUGCGUCGAAACUCGACGACGCCGAUCUGGCACGCGUCAGAGACGCAGUCACCGCAGAGGACAUACCGUCGGACAUCACACACUUCGGCGAGGAAGGGAAGGACAGCCUGUUCGGCAGAAUCGUCCGGGGCGAACAGAAGAAGUGGCGCACCUGA